AUGGCUUCCGAGGCAUAUUGGGACUUCGUCAUCGUUGGCGGUGGCCCCGCGGGCUGUGCCCUCGCAGCGACACUCGCUCGGUCGAGCAAACGCCCCCAAGUGCUUUUACUGGAAGCAGGUCCGCGGAAUGACGAUCCAGCAUUGAGGGUAGAUGGUCAACGAUGGGCUACCUUUCUGGCCAAAGGGGUGAAUUGGGGAUACUCCACCGUUCCGCAGGAGCACUGCAACAAUCGCCAGAUCGACUACUCGCGAGGCAAAGUGCUUGGUGGCACCAGCGCCAUCAAUUUUGGUCUAUACACCGUGGGUGCGCGCGACGAUUAUGACGAGUGGGCAUCUGUGGUCGGAGACGACCUAUACAGGUGGGAUCGCAUGCAGCAGCGGUUCCGAAAUCUCGAGACCUUCGACAGUGCAGUUGUGGAUCCGGACCACAAAAAGUAUAUAUCCUCGAGGCCGUCGGAUCAUGGGUCCCAGGGUGCCCUUCACGUGGGCUACGCUGCGGAAUGGGAGCGAGAUCUACCUUUGAUGAUGGAUGUCUUUGAAAAGGCCGGUUUCGCCCGCAAUCCGGACCACAAUUCUGGUAAUCCACUUGGCAUGGCAUUGUUGAUCAACUCAUUCCAUCAAGGGCGAAGAGUCGCUGCAACGGAUCUGUUAGAGGGUGCUCCAGAAAAUUUGACCAUCAUCACCGAAUCACCCGUGCAGCGGGUCAUUCUGUCUGGGAAGAAAGCGAUUGGAGUUGAAUCCAAGGGCAGACAAUUUUACGCUUCUAAAGAUGUCAUCUUAACAGCCGGUGCACUUGACUCUCCCAAGAUUCUGAUGCAUUCGGGGAUCGGGCCAUCCGAGCAACUGGGCAAAUUCCAGAUACCACUCGUUCAUGAUCUUCCUGCAAUCGGCCAAAAUCUGCGAGACCACUUCUUUGCGCCGCUGUCCUUCAAGCGCAGUCCAGAGACGAACGACCGGAACGCUUUCUUCGGUGACAAGAACGCUAUGGAUGAAGCCAUGACGCAGUGGAUGAAGGACGGAACCGGACCGUGGGCACGGUACUCGUGCCAGCUCGCGGCCGGAUGGUUCAAGUCGGACGGUCUUUUGGCAUCGGCAGAGUUUCAGGAGCUACCGCCGACCGUCCAAGACUUCCUCAAGCGUGAGACCGUGCCACACUAUGAGUUCAUGACGAAUUUUCCUGUGCACUUCAUCCGCCCCCAAAUGACCGACUAUAGCUAUAUGUGUCUCCUCGUGUUCCUCAUGAACGAGCAGUCCAGCGGCGAGCUCCGGCUUCAGUCGUCCAACCCAGACGACCCGCUUCUCUUUGACCCCAAGUUCUUCUCACACCCCUUUGAUCGCCGUGCGUGUAUUGAAAUCCUCCGUGACGCGCUUCAAGUGACCAAGCAUGAGUCAUUUACGAAGGACACGGUGGCCCCGAUACUCGUGCCGGCCUCGGAAUCCGACGAAGACCUCCUCGCGCACUGGAAGAACACCCUCGGCUCCAGCUGGCACAUGACUGGAACGGUCAAGAUGGGCAAAUCCGGCGACGUGGACGCAGCGGUCGACAGUCGAUUCCGCGUGUUUGGGACGGAGAAUCUGCGCGUGGCGGACAUGAGUGUCGUGCCGGUCCUAACGAACAACCACACCCAGGCCACGGCUUAUGUGACCGGUCUGACAUGCGCGGAGGCCUUGAUCGCGGAGUACGAGCUCGAUUGUGCGUAA